AUGGCAGCACCAAAUAUUACCUUCAUAUCUGAUAUGGAUGUAACUAGGGAUGACUUGACUUUCAAGCUUCGUGUCAUAAACCUUUGGCAUCAAAUGUCUUUCUACAACAAAUAUGAAAUUUGGUCAAUUGAAAUGAUCUUACUGGAUGAACAUGGGAACAAAAUCCAAGCAAUGGUAUCCAAACAAAACUUAUAUCGCUUCAAAAAUGCAGUAAAGGAUGGGAUGACAUUUUACAUCAAAGGUCUAAACUUUGCAGCAUUGAAGACGGCCGUGUUAUCAUUGAUCCAUCCUCAAGAUACAUUUGUUGAUGUUAUGGGUUUGGUUGUUGCAAUUGCUGAGAUACAACAAGGUCAUCCAGAGAAAUCAAAACACAAGUUGAACAUCCGCAUCCAAGAUGCAAAUGGUUUGCAACUUCAUGUCAACUUGUGGGGGUGA